CGAUAUGAAUGCACUUCUGUCAUCCUGUCUAAUAAAGUUCCACGGUCGUUCCAUACUUGACUUUCUUUAGCCGGGGAUCUAUCUUUUCCAUUCGGUGCCGUUCGCCGUUACGUUCAGUUACGUUGGCUGAAGGGAAAUUCAAAUUUUCUUCGCCUAUAUUUGCUUUAUAACUGGGGUUAUAAAAAACCACUCUCCAAAAUGUUUUGGGGACUAAUUAUGGAGCCACACAAGCGGUAUACGCAAACCGUUGAGAAAUCGUUUCAUGUAUCGAUGGCAGCUUUAGAUUCAUCGACUGGUGAAACCGGUGCUGGUCAAGUAGUACAAGUGAUGUUAUAUUAUGACAAUCGAAACUAUCUUCUCUGCUGUCUGAAGUAUGGAUCGAUUUGGCAAGCACCAUUGGAUUUAAAUUUUCAGAAAGGAACAGAAAUUGCGUUUUCAUCUAAUGGAAAAGGACAUGUACAUUUAACGGGUUAUUUACUUCCUGAAGGAGAUGAUUCAGAUCUUGAUGAGUUAGAGGAGGAAGCAGAAGAUGAAGAGGAUGAUGAGGAGGAAGAAGAUGACGAGGACGAAGACGAGGAUGAAGAUAUACCACCAUUAAUUAGUAAAAAGUCAAAAAGGAAACAUUUGGAAUCAUCAAAGGCAGAAGCAAAAGUUAAAAUAGCGAAGAAGGAUAAAGUAAAGGAAGAAGUAUCAAAUGAUAUCGAUAAUAAACAGGAAUCAAAGCCAAAAAUUAUAAAAAAUGGAAUACAAGUUGAAGACCUGAAAGUAGGUGAUGGGCUUACUGCCCAGAAGGGGAAAUUCAUUUCCAUUUAUUAUGUUGGUCGACUGAAGAAUGGUAAGAAAUUUGAUUCUACAACAUCUGGAAAUGGUUUCAAAUUCCGGCUUGGAAAGAGUGAGGUUAUUAAAGGAAUGGAUAUUGGGAUUGCUGGAAUGAAAGUUGGUGGCAAGAGACGAAUUACAAUUCCUCCAGCCAUGGGAUAUGGGGCCAAAGGAUCACUACCUAUCAUACCAGAAAACAGCACACUCGUAUUUGAAGUAGAGCUUAAGAAUGUUCAUUAAUUUUACUGAAUUUACAAGUAAUUAUUAUUUAUUAUUUAAGGAUAAGUGUAUUGUUUAAGUUUCUAUUAUAAACAAUAUGUAUCAUUGUCAUGCUGUAUCAUUCUGUAAACUUAAUUCAGUUAAAUUCCGAUUUGAAUUAGAUUUAAUUACAAUUGGUAGAGUAGAAAAUGCAAAUUUGAUUCGUAUUUACGAGAGUUUAAGAAAUGUUUCAAUUUUUUUUUUCCUUUUGGUGUAACUAUUGAAAAACUAUAUUCAUCAUUUGACAUAUAAAAUGAUUGAUUAUAUUUUGUACUUUUUUAUUAGAUGUAAUCAAUAAACGUAUUUUUCAUUGAA